AUGUUUCCAUUUUCUCUUGAUGACAACCCUGAAUCAUCUAUCGCAACCCCAUCAAAGAAGAAUCAAGAGAUGAUCUCUUUCAGUAAUGGAGAGGAUGAAUAUGAUCACCGGAAAAACCAGGUGCAGCCUGUGGCAAAGCUAUAUAGAGGGGUGAGGCAACGACAAUGGGGUAAAUGGGUAGGAGAAAUACGUCUUCCUCGUAGCAGGAAUAGACGUUGGUUGGGAACAUUUGAGACUGCUGUUGAAGCUGCUUUGGCGUAUGAUCAUGAGGCUUUCAAGUUGAGAGGACAUAAAGCCCGACUCAAUUUCCCACAUCUGUUCAUCAACGAUCAAAAACAAACCCCACUUCCAUCUUUACCAUCUGAUCAGUCUUUGCAACCAUGCAAAGAAGAAGAUGUCGAGCCUUUGGUCAAUGGGUUGGAACCAAGUUCAAGAAACGAUGAAGUUCUGAAUGGUUUUGGAACGAAUGAUAGCUUGUUCGAAUAUGGUGAACCAACAUGGGAAGCCAUGGGACCCAAAGGUGGUAGCUUUAUAUGGGAUGACUUUGAGCCCAAUUUUUUGAGUCCGUGA